CGUACCAUAACCAACCGUUCGUUCCACCGUUUCAACCUCACCAAUUUCAAUCGCAAACGUAUCAAACCCAACCCCACACACUCGACCCACUACUAGAAGACAACACCCUCAUUCAUCAUUUUGCAAAAGCGUGGCGUGAACCACGUGAACCACAACAAAGUCUUGACGAGGAUGAGGAAGAGGAAGAGGAAGAAAAAGCGGAGGAAAAGGAAGAGGAAGAAGAACAAAAUGAUGACGUUUAAGAAAUCGUUCCAAUCGGCCGACAACCUUGGACGAGCGAGGAGGAGGUGUCCUUGACGAAGGCGUAUUUGCACAUCUCGGAGAGUAGGAAACAUGGGAACGAGCAACGAAAGGAUGCGUUUUGGAGACGGGUCAUUAAUCAUUUUAGGCAACUUCCCGGUGCAAGGAUACGAAACAUGGACCAAAUGACGUCGAAGUGGACGGAUUUGAACGGGAAAAUUAGCAAGUUCAACGCUUGUUUCAUUCAAAAGAACCGAAACCCACAAAGUGGAGCGAGCGAGGCGACGAUCAUGCAACAAGCCACCGCAGAGUAUUGCCGAGUGUACAAAAAGAGAAUUUUUCCACACGUGGGGGCAUGGGAAGUUGCGAGACAUCACCCGAAGUGGGUCCCCGUUGAGUUGGUUGACAUGCAUGGUCCUACGGCUCCAAAAAAACGAGGCGGUUCGAAAAGAUCAAAGACAUCCGAGUCGGGGAACUACACGACUUCCGCGUCGGAUAACUUGCCCCAAAUGAACUUAAACGACGACCCUCUUGACGAACCUGAUCAACCCCUUGACGAGCCCGUUGAGGAAGAUACACCCACAAGGCCACGACGCAGACGAGGUGGUGAAUCGUCAAGCAAAGGGAAGGAGGCGGUGGCGGAGUCGAUCUUCAGAAUCGAAGAGGAGAAAAUGACUCAGUUCAAGAAGGCCGAACAAAGAAAAGAAACAAUGAUGUCCCUAAAGGUUGAACGCGAGCAGGCGUACAAGGAACACUUGAAAACGAUUGAAAGACAAAAUGAUUUAAAAAUCUUGUGUGAAAACCACGCCCAUCUCGACGAACCGUUCAAGUCAAUUGUCAUUCAACAAAAGCGCGAGAUUUGCGCAAAGUGGGGUUGGGAGAUGUCACCCGUUUAG